GUUGAAGCAAUUCUUCUUCUCCCUCCCCCGCUCUCCUCCAUUCCCUCCUCCCCUACGUCUAGGAAUGGGCCUCCAGACACGUCAGGCGAUGGCGCCGGGCCUUGACUCCAGACCGAGCGUGGACGAUUUCCGGGAAGACAGUGCCUGGGUGCAGCUGGCUAAAUCCCACUGGCUGGAGGGCUCCAAGACCCGCAAAGUCAAGCAAGAUGUCAUCAAAAAGGAGAUCUGGGAUCCCCUCGAGGCCGAGAACUUUGGCUUCCGCUCGCUUCUCACGUUGGAGAACUUGAACAUCCUGGAGAAGUAUCUUUGGCCGACCUACACUGAAGAUGCGUCGAAUUACCAUGUGUUGCUGCUCGUCUUGAUUGUGAGUGUCAAGCAGCGCGAACACUUACCGAUAUGGGAGGUCUUCUCCGAUCGUCCGGACGAUUUCUCGAACCUUUUCCAUCGAAUUCUCUCAAUGAGCAUUGAUCCUUCCCUUGAUGCCUUCCCACGACUGUCGAUCGUCUCUUUCAUUAUUAGUGCUUUCCAAUCCGUCGAAAAUACCCUGAUCCGCAAAGAAUGCGCCCCUCUCGUUUCCAUUUCCAUUUGGCACAACCUCUCCAGCGAAGGUGCAAGAGAAUCCUUACUAGCAAAGAGCCCUGGUCUGAAGAAAACUUGGCGAGCAGCAGCGAAGCGGUACGACGCAGCGGACGAGGCCGGCAAGGCUAAGAUUCGCUUCGAGAGGUCAUGGCUCUACACGAUGGUGCUGGAUUUUCUCCGCAGGUUGAACGGUGCCGAUAAAGACCAGACGCAGAACCUGAGAUACUGUGAGCGGUUUCUCGAGUUUCUCAUUGAUCUUGAAAGUCAGCCUCCCACCAGGCGCUACGUCAACACACUGUUGAAGGACCUCAACCUCCUGGCGGUGAUCCGUCUGUCACCACUCUACCGCUCGCCCGAGAAUGCGCUUUUGCGCGACCUUUGCGGUCUACUGAAGCACUUUGCGUCGUUUGCCAUCGACGACUUCACUGGAGAGGCUCUGUCUUCCCAGUCGGUGUAUGAUGUCCACUGCCAGGAGUUGGCUCGGUUGCAGAGGACAUCUAUGAAAUAUUUUAAGGACAAACUUAUGAUCCUGGCCCUGUCUAACUAUGGUUCUAUUGAGCAACGUUCCGAAUUAGAAGGUCAGCUGGCUUCAUUGGAGGAAACCGAAUUGCAGAGCCUCUGCAGCCAUCUCGGGUUCCGGACCGAGUACCCUAAACAGUCGCAAGUAACGCCUAACCGCCAAUUGUAUCUGGAGAUUCUUCUCUCGUUCUAUGAGCGGAAGCCGACGUUCCAGGAAGCUGCCUCGCAGCUCAGCAUUGUUCCCACGGAGGAGAACCUCUAUGAUCCUGCACUACUACGCAAUGAGAACUACGAUGGGUCCACACCACUUGCUAUCCCCAAAUUGAACCUUCAAUACCUUAGCACUGGUGACUUCCUCUGGCGUUCAUUUCUCCUAUACCGCUCCGAGGCGUUCUUCCAGAUCCGGAAAGAUAUGGAGUCAGUUAUCAAGCGGAUGCAGCCCCGCGCAAGUCGCGAUGGCAAGACUCUAACUUUCGAUGGGUUUUCGAGGAUGGCUAUACCAAUCACAAAGCCCGCCAUAAUCGAAGUCGCACCCCCUAAGGUCGGCUCUGCGAAGCCUGCGUUUGUUCGGGCCGAGAUCGCUAUCGAAGUGGGCAGGUUGGCGGAUCACAUUCGAAGAGAAUGGGAAUCCCUGCGCCCAGAUGAUGUUAUCUUCCUUCUGGCCGUGAAGUCGGAUGGAGCCGUGAAGUCUGGACUUCGCGAGCCCGAAACUCCCGGCCUAACACACCUCCGAACGGCGGAGAUAGUUCAGGUGCUAGAUGAAAACGGUCGGCCUCUGCGAGACUUUUCUUCGGGUCAGUCGAAUGGCUAUAAACACAAACCUCGUGUUCGAAAAUUACUGGUCAACCUGGAUCCCGCUGCUUUCAAAACAGACAAGGAUGCACUUGCGCGAGGAAAGCCUGACGUCUACACGUCGAUCAAUGUGGUUGCGAGAAGGAAGGGAAGAGAAAAUAACUUCAAAUCCAUUCUCGACACUAUGCAGAAACUGAUCGUCUCAGACAUUACGCUGCCUUCCUGGAUUCAGGAUAUUUUCUUGGGUUACGGGGACCCGGCCGGAGCUCGAUACACCGAACUGCCCAAUCGACUCAAGUCUGUCGAUUUCCGAGAUACAUUCUUGGAUUGGCAGCAUCUAAUUGAAAGCUUUCCCGGUAGGACCAUCGAGCCCUCGACCACCGAGACAUCCAGCUUCGGCCCUCCGUAUGUGUUAGAAUAUGUUGAAGAGCUUACUCAAGCUCCAUCAGCCGGCACAAAGAGGCGGCGCAAGGAGCAAUCAGAAAAGGCAUCAGGUCCCAAGUCGCUACGUGUUUCGACAUACAAACCGCCACAUCCGGGGCCUUAUCCGAUUGAUGCCCCCAAACUCAACACAGUGCGCUUCACCCCGGCGCAAGUGGAGGCUAUCGCGUCAGGAACCCAGCCCGGGUUGACUGUCAUUGUUGGCCCUCCUGGCACUGGCAAAACUGAUGUCGCUACGCAGAUCAUCAACAAUAUCUAUCACGAUUUCCCAAAUGAGCGCACACUUUUGAUCGCUCACAGUAACCAAGCAUUGAACCAGCUCUUCCAGAAGAUUGUGGCUCUUGACAUUGACGAACGUCACCUUCUCCGUCUCGGUCACGGUGAGGAAGAGCUAGAGACCGAUUCGAACUACAGCAAGUAUGGACGAGUAGAGUCGUUCCUUGAAAACCGCAACUAUUUCCUCAGCGAGGUCGCACGGCUAGCAGCAUCGAUUGGAGCACAAGGCGCCCAUGGCAACUCCUGCGAAACUGCCGGAUACUUCAAUACAGUCUAUAUUCAGCCUGCAUGGGCUAAGUUUUGGGAUCAAUCACGUGCCGAGAAUGUUUCCAGUGAGGAAGUCAUCGCAGCUUUCCCGUUCCAUGCCUAUUUCGCCAACGCACCACAGCCUGUAUUUGAGCCUACCGCUUCGAAAGAGACUGUGCUUGAUGUGGCGAAGGGUUGCCAGCGGCAUAUUGACAAGAUCUUCGCCGAGCUGGAAGAUAUCCGACCGUUUGAGAUCCUGCGUCAACAGAAAGACAAGGCCAAUUAUCUCCUUGUGAAGGAAGCGCGGAUAAUCGCCAUGACAUCAACGCAUGCAGCAAUGCGGCGCCAGGAGAUUGCUGAUCUGGGAUUCCACUAUGAUAACGUCAUCAUGGAAGAAGCUGCACAAAUCACGGAGAUCGAGUGUUUCGUUCCCACUGCACUGCAGAACAUGAAGAAUGGAGAGCUUCCUCUCAAGCGCGUGGUUCUCUGUGGUGAUCACUUGCAGAACUCGCCCAUCAUCCAAAAUAUGGCCUUUAGGCAGUACGCACAUUUUGAGCAAAGUCUUUUCCUCCGAUUGGUGAGGUUGGGGGUCCCUGUUAUCACGCUUGACCAACAGGGCCGCGCCAGACCAAGUAUUGCGGAACUCUUCCAGUGGCGCUAUAAAGAACUCGGAAACCUUCCUACGGUGGAGACAGUUGAGGAAUACAAACGGGCAAAUGCUGGUUUUCAAUUUGACUACCAGUUCAUCAACGUCCCUGACUACCAAGGCAACGGUGAGCGAGAACCCACGCCACAUUUCAUCCAGAAUCUGGGCGAAGCGGAAUACGCCGUCGCCAUCUACCAGUACAUGCGUCUCCUUGGAUACCCUGCCUCAAAGAUCUCGAUCCUUUCGACGUACGCCGGCCAAACGGCCUUGAUCAAGGAUGUUUUGAACCACCGCUGUGCCAAGAAUGGACUGUUCGGUAUGCCUAAGAUUGUUACAACGGUAGACAAAUACCAAGGUGAACAAAACGACUACGUCAUUCUUUCGCUUACUCGAACCCGUACUGUCGGAUACCUCCGCGAUGUCCGCCGUCUAACCGUUGCGCUUUCACGCGCCCGGCUGGGACUCUACAUCCUCGGUCGCCGCGAAGUGUUUGAGUCGUGCUACGAACUUAAGCCCGCUUUCGACCUCUUAUUCCAGCGCCCGGAUAAGCUCAUGCUUGCGCCGGGCGAGAUGUUCCCCUCUACACGCUUGCAAGAUGAUGAUGUCCAGGGCACGUCGAUGGAGAGCGUCGAGCAUCUUGGACAGUAUGUGUUCGAGAUGACACAGGCCAAGCUCAAAGCUAUGGGCGAAGAGAACAUCGCCAUAGACAAUGAGAUGCAGCUCGCCGAUGAGGAUCAGGUGGUCGAUGAGGAUGAAGUCAUGAUGGGCACCGGCGAAGAUAUGGACGAUGAUCCCCUGCACGAACAUACCCUCACGGGCGCUUGAAUCAAGUGCCAGAGGUCGACAAUCUGCCCUUUUGGAAAUCCACCUACCCAUCAUGUACGUCUCUAUGUAUGCUUUCUAUAACUACAAGUACCCUGAUUCCCUCGGGAAGCGAAUAUAUGAACGUGUGAUUUUAGACUGAGCGCUUCAAUGAAGCCACGGUCAUGAC